AUGUCAGAGAUGAUUGGAAGGAAACUGGAUGCGAUGAACAGGCGACAAGACAGGAUGGAGAUUUCUCUGAGACGAAUAGAGAAGUUAGACAGGGUUUUACGGAUAUUCCCAACUACAGCUGCCUCUCCGAUUCACCAGGAGGAAUAUAUGGACAACCAGUCACUCCCCCAAACCAGUGUAUCGGACGAUGAAUUUUUGGACAUCCCUGUUCAGUGGCGCUUCUCCUUAAUUGAGCUGAAGCAAAUUAACUUACACAGCACUGGACCAGGAAAUUUCGCCAAGAAUAUAUGUAUCAAACUUUACCCUGAAUUAUUUGGCCCAGACAACCUGCGCUACCAAUAUUCCUUUUUCGGUGGUGGACCCUUACAGAAAAAGGAACUGGAUCAUGUCAGGAAAAGCUACCUGGCUAGAUAUGUUCUGUAUUUUCAUCCGGAUGUGAAGGACGCCGAUAUGUGGAAAUCAAAAGUUGUGCCCAAGAUAAACGAGUACCUGAGACGAAGCAACCAAAGGAAGGAGUGA